UUUUUUUUUUUUUCCCCCCAGGACUCGAAGGGACGUGACGGACAAAACUGGAACGACGAGGAGGAGGAUAACAAGUUCGGUUUUACCUGAAGGGGAGACCGGAAAGUAACCGUUAGGGCUCUUCUUCUGGCCGCGGAGCGUCAACUUUUUGUCAGUGUUGUGACUUAAUUAGCAGCGCUAUGAAGUAUUCCUCCGCCAUAUUCAGCCCACCACACCCGGAGACUAACUGAACUGAGCUGAACUGAAGUGGGCUCAAACACGAGAGUGGACACUAUUGCAGCUGGUACACAAACUUUAUUUUCCUGUCGACUGGAGGAAUAAGCCUAAGGUGAAGGGUUUACCAGCAGGAGGAAUGACUCUGAGCUGUGUUGGGGCUUGCUGCCUCACCCCGGAGGCCAAAGAGGCUCGAAGGAUCAACGAUGAGAUUGAGAGGCAGCUCCGCCGGGACAAGAGGGACUCCCGACGGGAAUUCAAGCUCCUAUUACUCGGAACUGGUGAAAGCGGGAAAAGCACUUUCAUAAAGCAGAUGCGGAUCAUCCAUGGCCGCGGGUACUCUGAGGAGGACAAGCGAAGCUUCACCAGACUGGUCUACCAGAACAUCUUCACAGCCAUGCAGGCCAUGAUCCAGGCCAUGAAUGCAUUACAAAUCCCCUACAAGUAUGAGCACAACAAGUCCCACGCCAAGAUAGUCAAUGAGGUUGAUGUGGAGAAAGUCACCACAUUCACAAAGCCAUACGCGGAUGCCAUCAAGAGCCUGUGGGGUGACCCAGGGAUUCAGGAAUGUUAUGAUCGGAAGAGGGAAUAUCAGCUCUCUGACUCUACUAAAUAUUAUCUGAACGACCUGGACCGAAUUGCUGAUCCUGCUUAUGUGCCAACCCAGCAGGAUGUUCUCAGGGUCAGGGUUCCCACCACAGGCAUUAUCGAGUACUUCUUUGACCUGGAGAAUGUAGUGUUCCGGAUGGUGGAUGUGGGCGGCCAGCGUUCAGAGAGGAGAAAGUGGAUCCAUUGUUUUGAAAAUGUCACAUCCAUCAUGUUCCUGGUGGCGCUCAGUGAAUAUGAUCAGGUCCUCGUCGAGUCAGCCAGUGAGAAUCGAAUGGAGGAGAGCAUGGCCCUGUUCCGGACCGUCAUAAACUACGAGUGGUUCAGAAGAUCCUCAGUCAUGUUGUUUCUGAACAAAAUGGAUCUGCUGGAGGAGAAAAUCAUGCAUUCGCAUUUAGUCGAUUACUUCCCUGAAUAUGAUGGCCCCCAGCAAGAUGUCAUGGCAGGAAGAGAUUUCAUCUUAAACAUGUUUCUUUGUCUCAAUUCCCUGGAUGUGGAAAAAAAGAUCUACUCCCACUUCACCUGCGCCACAGACACCAACAACAUUCGAUUUGUCUUCAGUGCAGUGAAAGAUCACAUCUUGCAGGAAAACCUGGCGGUGUACAACUUGGUUUAAAACUGCGGCGGUGCCACCGUAAUUCAAUCUGCAUUGUACAGCUGGCGGUCAGGGGAGCUCUGCGGCGCUCGGGUUCACCUCACGCUGCCGCUCAACACUAUAAUCACCAAACAGGAAAUGGAGAAUCUACGGAGUGGUUCACCAAAUGACUGCUGAUGUAUUUUGAAUUUUCCUGUUAGGCUCUUUGAAACGGAUGUCUCCAGCUAUAAUGAAGUGUGUCCUGACAAUUAAAGUACUGCCUUAGUGGGAAGUCUAUUAUAGUAUGCACUCUGAGAUCUAUGGAGCUCUUUAGUGGAGCUGGAUAAAUGCACAUAGAUGGAUUGAGACGGGUGGAAGUAUUCCAGUGGCUGCAUAAGCCUCUGAGGACUGGUCAUGUACUGGGUCUCCUCUUCAGUCAAUCUGUGCAUGUGAAUGUAGAUGCAGCGCAGCACCUCACACCACUAAAACCAACUCUGUCAGUUUAUUUUUUUAAUAGAAUUUUUAGAAUGGUUUCAAAUACUCUAAAUCAGGGGUCUCAAACAUGCGGCCUGGGGACCAAAUGCGGCCCGCCAAAGGUUCCUAUCCGGCCCCUGGGAUGAAUUUGCAAAGUGUAAAAAUUCAACAAUUCAGGCAGUUGAACUCAUUAUAGUUCAGGUUCCACAUACAGAUCAAUUUGAUCUAAAAUAAAAUAGCAGCAUAAUACUCUAAAAAAAAUCAUGACUCAGUAUGUUCUUGGUUUGAUGUGAAAAAAAUAUUACACUAUGCCUAUAAACAAGGACAACUUCAAAUUUUUGUCUUUAUUUUAGUGCAAAAGAUAACAUUAAAUUAUGAAAAU